AUGUUCAACUUUCUCCUCAAGCUGAAAAAUGUCAAAAGGGCACUCAGGUCCUGGAAUAAGGAUGUCUUCGGUAACAUCUUCGACCAGAUUAAGCAGGCGGAACGAUCUCUUGCAGACACAAAGUUGCAGUUGCAGAAUUCAUCGCAAGAUUCAGCUUUGGACAGCAACGGUCAAGCCCAGCUAUUCUCAGCCACAGAAAACCUUAGAAAAUUGGAACUCAUGGAAGAAAUCUUUUGGAAACAGAAAGCUAGGAUCAGUUGGCUUGAAGAGGGCGAUAGAAACACGAAAUUUUUUCACUCUUUGGCCAAAGAGAAACAAAGGAGGUUAGCUAUCAGAAGCAUUGUUUUGGACUCUGCAGAUAGGCUGGAGGACUUGGCAGAAAUUAAAAAUGAUGUUGUCAACUAUUUUGCGGGGCUGUUUUCAGCUAAAAACAUCGUGGAAGACCCAAUCAUUCUUGUCGUUAUUCCACCCCUAGUCUCGCUGGAAGACAACGACCGACUCAUGGUCCCCCCUUCGAUACCACAGGGCGACUCUUUCCCUAGGGCAGUCUUUGCAUCCCUCAUCUGUUUGAUCCCCAAAUCAGCUGCCACAAAUAAAUUCUUAGAUUUCCAGCCCAUAAGCCUUUGUAACUGCCUGUAUAAGAUCAUUUCAAGUAUAAUCGCAGCUAGGCUGAGCGUGGUUCUCCCUUCUCUUAUUUCUCCUAAGCAAGGAGCCUUCAUUCAAGGAAGGUCAAUGGCUGAAAGUAUUGCUUUGGCUCAGGAAUUGGUCAAGGAAAUUGAUAGAAAAGUGCAGGGUGGUAAUAUCAUCCUCAAAAUGGACAUGGAGAAGGCCUAUGACAGGUUGGACUGGGGGUUCUUGAAACAGAGCAAUGCAUGGUUCUCGAUCCUCAUCACCGGCGAGGCAUCAUGUUUUUUCAAGUCUUCUAGAGGGCUUCGUCAAGGUGACCCUCUUUCUCCCAGUCUAUUCAUUGUAGCGGCGGAAGCUCUUAGCCGGGGUCUCAAAUUUAUGGGGGAGCAGGACUCUCGGACUGCUUUCAAGCUUAGGAGGGGUUGCCCGACGGUCUCUCAUCUUCUCUACGCCGACGAUACUCUCUUUUUCAUCAAUGGAGUCAAGCUUCCAUUAGUCAAGGUCAGGUCCAUUGAAAGAACCCUUGGUGUCUCCAAGGUCUCCUCUGGUCUUACAUAUCUGAGAGUCCCGCUGGCGUUUGACAAGCUCACAGGCACUGAUUGA